ACUUCUGGACCUGUGAGAGUGUACGGAGAGCUCUCCAAAAGCUUCCGCACACAAAGCGGUGUCCAUCAGGGAUGCCCACUCUCUCCAUUCCUUUUUAACUUUGUGAUCGAUGAAAUAAUGAGACGAACGCUGGAGGGUCUCCAAAACCCUGGUGUUCAAAUAGCCUGUGAAGAAAACCUUGUCGAUCUGGAAUAUGCAGACGACAUCGUUCUCAUGUUCGAAGAGGAGGAAAAGGCGCAAGUAUUCUUGGAUGAACUGACCAAAGUCACCCCGUCCUUUGGUAUGCACUUUGCACCCACAAAGUGUAAGGUCAUGCUUGUGGACGUGCAGUCACUGAACAUGCCACUUACAAUCCAGCGAGAGGUACUGGAAGUUGUGGAGCGUUUUACGUACCUUGGAAGUUGUAUUAGUUCUGAUUGUAGUGUGACAGAUGAGGUGGAUGCACGAAUCUGCAAGGCUCGGGCCGUGUUUGCUAACUUGAGACACCUAUGGCGUCAGAAUGGUUUAUCUCUGAAUCUGAAGGGACGUGUGUAUCAAGCUACAGUACGGGCUGUUUUGUUGUAUGGCUGUGAGACUUGGCCUACUCGAGCAGCGGACCUGAGACGUCUUCAGGUGUUCGACAAUCGUUGUCUCAGAACCAUAGCUCGUGUGGGUUGGUGUCAGCGAAUCCGUAACGAGGCAGUUAGAAAGCGUGUUUUCGGUUGUGUAACGGAUGAUCCGUGGACAACCCCCGUAGGUCCGUCUAUUGAAUCUACUCAGCCUGCGAUCACCAGAGGAUUUCGCCUGUCACAUCAAAAUCUAUGCAUAACACAAAUUGACUUCGAACAACGGCUUCUUGUUGGGUUCACACAAUUAAUCCUUUGGCCGACCACAUCGGAUCUGCGCAGAGUGCACCUAAACUGUCGUCAGUGUCGCAUACAUCGCGUUUUACUGGAGCCUGCUGACCCAAACGCUGAAGCAUAUGAGCAAGCGGUCUCUGGCUCUUCUGUUAAAUGGACUUCUGCGAAAACUCACCGAUUUCCUGUCCCUACUGAUCUACCAGUCAUCUAUCACGACCCAAGUCUAGAAAUUUGCAGUCGGGAUACAAAAUUGCGGACCUUGGAUUGCUUCCAGCGUGACCAUACCCUCGUGGCCGAAAAAACCGAUCCAGAUAUACAUGCCGGUGAAGUGACGAUUCGAAUUCCGCCAGACUUUUGGCCUCUUAUCAGCUUUGGAAGGCCUUUCAGAAUUACUUUGGAGUUUUCACUGAAUAAACCCAAAUCGGGUUUCUAUUUUGUAGUUCCUCCAGGAGAAGGAAGUCUGGUUGACCGGGGGGUACAUGCUUUCACAGCUUCAAUGCCAAACUCCUCACGAUUAUGGUUUCCUUGCAUUGAUUGCGCAGAGCCCUGUACUUGGAAGAUUGAAAUCACCGUCUUUGAAGAUAUGGUUGCUGUUGCCCCUGGUGAAUUGUUAGAUGCGCCGUAUUAUACGGAAGAUUUAACUCACAAAACAUACCACUUUUAUGUUGCUCAACCAGUUGCUGCUCCCUACAUUGGUCUCGCUGUUGGAGCUUUCGAAGUGUACCCCGAUCCGGUGCUUUCGAACAAUGCUACUCACUUUUGUCCUGGUGGAUUGCUGAAUUUGCUGAAGCAUACGGUGUCUCAUUUGCCUGACAUUAUAGAGCACUUCGAGGCCCUUCUCGCCUCACAAUAUCCAUUUUCGACCAUCAAUACUGUAUUUGUGGAUCGAGCGUACAGCGACUUUCAGGCCUUUGCCUCGCUGUUGAUUUUCCCGGUAGAUCUACUUCAUUCUUCCCGCAUUAUUGAUCAGGCCAUCGAAACCCGUAAGAUACUAUCUCUAGCCAUUUCUUCGCAGUUUUUUGGCUGUUUCAUCACUGGACAUACGUGGUGUGAUGCCUGGCUGCCAAUGGGAAUAGCUGGUUACUUAUCAGGCCUCUAUCAGAAGCGUGUGUUUGGAAAUAAUGAGUACCGACGGAUUAUCUGCAAAGACAUGUUGCAUGUGACCAACUACGAGCACACGAAAUACGGAAUUCUGCUGGAUCCUUCCAAAAUCACUAACAGGACCGCACACUUUGGUUUGAAAUCACCUCAUACUAUUUCUCCGAAUUAUUUGACAGCGUUCAUAAAAAAAUCCCACCUGGUUAUUCGAAUGCUGGAACUUCGAUUCGGUCAACCAGUACUACUGCAAGUUCUCAAUAAGCUUCUCGUUCUUGCUCGACUCUCGGCUUCCUCAGUCCUCCCCAACGGUUCAAUCGCAUCAUCAGGCAACCACAAAGACGAGAGCAUCGCUCACGAUGAACAACCUGACUACACACUGACUGCACCCGACUGUUCCAACGUACCACCGUGCUUAUCCGACGAAAAUCAGGCUAAUCUUUUACUAUCUACAUCCUCGUUUCGCCGGAUUAUCCUAAUGGUUACUGGUCAAGAUAUACAGAACUUUCUUGAUCAGUGGGUUUUCCGGACGGGUCACGUUCGGCUGUUCGUCAAGUUUCAUUUCAACCGCAAACGAAAUGUGGUUGAACUAGAACUGAAACAGUCUCGAGGAACCCUGAGCUACACAGGCCCACUGACUGUCAUGCUUCAAGAACUGGAUGGAGCAUUUAUGCAUACAUUCAAGUUAGAAGAAGGCCGCAUGGCUCGUGACUUGCCCUGUCAUUCCAAAAGUCGUAAACAUCGAAAGAAGCGUAUCCCUUUGGCCAAUGGUGAUGAAGUAGACAUGGAUUUAGGACGCAUUGAUGCAGAGUCACCACUCCUUUGGGUUCGCAUGGACCCUGAUUUGGCUGUUAUUCACACAAUUUAUGUAGAGCAACCAGAUUUCAUGUGGCACCUGAUGCUACUGCAUGAUCGAGAUUGUCUUGGGCAGUUGGAAGCUACCCAUGCCCUUCGUGACUUUCCAUCCCCAGAGACACGGCAUGCCCUCGCCAACGUGAUUGCUAAUGAACGAGUUUUUUAUCGUGUCCGUACCGAUGCCUGCUUUUCCCUCUGUCACAUUGCGAAUGAGUUGAGCGCAAUGGGCGGCGCCCAGGGUACAUCAGCGAACGCAGCAACGUCGGUGUUACUCCCACUAUUUUGGCAAUUGUUCAGCUCCCCAGCUGCUCGAGGCCUAGUCCGACAAAACAAUUUCAAGCAUCUUCAGCACUAUUUUCUCAUGCGAGCCAUAUGUCGAUCAUUAGCGACACUACGCGUCCAACAAGUUUGCCCUCGAGAAGUACUCCCUUUCAUUAGCGAACUGCUUCGUCACAAUGAUAACACACGUAACGAAUAUUCGGAUUAUUGUUACCUUGCAGAUCUAAUAAGAACGAUGAAGGACAUUCUUACUCCGGCCAUUGUAGUUCGUGGUGUAAUGUCAUCCUCCUCACUGCCUAUUGAAGCUAGAACGGUAAUCGAGGAAGUCGUUCAUCAUCUGAAUUUGGACACGCUGACUCCCAGUUACAAGGGCACCAUAACUGUUGUUUGUUUGGCUACUAUACGCCGACUACAGCGUCUCGGUUUCCUGCCCGUAGAUCCUAGCCUCUUCUAUCUGUAUGCCUCUCCUGGUUUUUACUAUGACGUACGACUCGCUGGUCUUGAGUGUCUUGUGGAUUAUGUCCGCGGUGAGCGUGAUCAACCGGCGCUUGAUUGGAUAUUCAAUGAAGUUAUCGAGCGAGACGAUGGGACGGAUAGUUCACACGCUCGACUUCGGUUCGAAGCCGUCCAAAUGUUCUUGCGUAUGCCCCCCUUUCAGAGAGGCGAGACUGGCAGUCGUUUAGACACGCCACAGCUGGUUUGUAGGCUUUGGAAUUUGAUGAACUAUGGUUGCGGUGGAGACUCACGACUACGCUGUGCUGUGGCGGAUUUGUAUCAUAUGUUGUAUGGAAAUAGGCGGCCUACCUGUCUACCUCUUCCAGAGGGCGUAUUGCUUGUGAGGGUCAAGGAAGGCCGUUCGUUGCUAAACUUGACCGCAUCAAUUGAAGCCAGAGUCGAAGGCGAAGAUGACCUCACUGUUACUCGAGAACCAGGACAAACGUUGGAUUCGGAUGAGGAUGAAAUAUCGGAUGGAUUGGAGGACAUCUAUUCAGAGCUCGAUCUGGACAGUACCUCACGAAUGUAUCCGAGACAGUUUGACAGCGCUCCAAAACAAAUUCCAAAUUCGUCGAUACUAGGAGAAACUCGUGUUUCAGCAGCGGCAGAUGAAUUUGUGGAGUUCGGUAUUAUUUCAGAA